CAGUAAGCGCUCAAUAAAUACGGUCGCAUGAAUGAGGGACAGUGCCCAGCGCUUAGCACAUAGUGAGAGCUCAACAAAGCCCGUCAGCAGCAGCGACUGGACAUUUGGACGUCACGGGGGGAAGGGGGGAGGAUUAGGAAAUUGGGGAGGGGAGGCUCCAUCCUUCAGUCCUUCGAGCAGAGGAUGCAGCUGGGAGCCGGGCAAGCCUGGAGCCUUCCCCAUGGAGAACCCCCGGCUGCAGCGGCGGGGUUGCAGCCUGGAAAGAUCCCAGCAUCUAGGUAACCGUGGUUACCGAUCAAUCCGUACCAAAGAGGAAACCGUGAGAAUCCCCCGACUGGACGGAGGAAUCCUCGUUUCUCGACGCUAGGAAACUCCUGUACCAUGUCCUACCCUCAGUUCGGAUACCCUUAUUCCUCGGCUCCCCAGUUCCUGAUGAGCACCAAUUCCCUGAGCCCGUGCUGCGAGGAGCCCGGAGCGGGGGGCUCUGCUCAGCCCCCGGUGUAUUGUCCGGUGUACGACGGCAGGCUGCUGGCCACCGCCAGGCAUGAGCUCAACUCGGCCGCCGCCUUGGGGGUCUACGGAAACCCCUAUGGCAGCCCCCAGGGCUAUGGAAACUACGUUACCUACGGCACCGAAGCCUCCGCCUUUUACUCCUUGAAUAGUUUCGACUCGAAGGAUGGGCCUGCUUCAGCGCCCGCGGGAAUUACGCAGGCGGCGGCGGCGGCGGCGGCGGCGGCGGCCUAUUACCCUUACGAUCCCACGCUCAGCCAGUAUCAGUAUGACAGGUAUGGCACGAUGGACGGGGGCACUCGCAGGAAGAACGCCACCCGGGAGACCACCAGCACGCUGAAGGCCUGGCUGCAGGAGCACCGCAAGAACCCCUACCCCACCAAGGGCGAGAAGAUCAUGCUGGCCAUCAUCACCAAGAUGACCCUCACCCAGGUGUCCACCUGGUUCGCCAACGCCCGGCGCCGGCUGAAGAAGGAGAACAAGAUGACCUGGCCCCCCAGGAACAAGUGCUCGGACGACAAACGACCCUACGAGGAGGAGGAGGAGGAGGAGGAGGAGGAGGAGGAGGAGGAGGAAGAGGAGGAGGAAGCUCAGGAUGAUGCCCUCAAGGGCGACAAGGCCGAAGACCCGGCGGGCCAGGACGAUCCGGAGCUGGACUUGAGCGACCUUGAUGACCUCCACCCCAUCGAGGCCGACAGGCCUGACGGCCCCCCGAAAGGGCCCUGCCAGCCUCCCGGGGCAGACCCCGGCCCAAAGACCCCCGGCCCAGCCCAGGUGGGCGGGGGAGGAGGGGAAGGGGCCGGAGGGGCCGGGCGCAGCCCCCCGGAACGGGACCGGUCUCAGGAUCGGGCCCACAGCUGCCUCAAGCACGUGCUGCUGGACGCCGGCGACGCCAAAAUGGGCUUCCAUCCGCCGGGCGAGCCUCGGAUCCUGGAGGCCAAGCCCCGCAUCUGGUCGCUAGCCCACACGGCCACCUCCCUGAACCAGACUGAAUUUCCUUCGUGCAUGCUGAAGCGCCAGGGGCCCUCUUCCUCCUCCUCUUCCUGUUCCUCGUCCUCGUCCUCCUCGUCUUCCUCGUCCUCCUCGACGGCCGGAGGCGCCUCGGACAGACAGCAGGACUCCCCGGUCACCAGCCUGAGAAACUGGGUGGACGGGGUGUUUCACGACCCCCUCUUCCGACACAGCACUUUGAACCAGGCCCUGGGCGGCCCGGCCGUUUCCUGGCCCGGCAGCAAGGAGGCCAUCCUGGAGCCGGGGGGCUUGGCCCGCUCGCUGGGCCCCGGCUCGGCCCUGCUGAAAGGACAGCUGGCCGCCUUCCCCCCCACCCACCACGACCCCAAUAAGGAGUUCCUGGCCUUCCCCAAAGCCGGCAGCAAAAUGUUCUGCUCCUAAUCGUGCCCCAGGCCCGGGGUCCGGGAUUCCUCUUUCUCCUACUCCUUCUUCCGCCUCUUCUCCUUUCUCUUUCUCCUUCUCCUCCUCCUCCUACUACAUC